CUGUUCCUGCUGAAGUCGAGCGCCCGCUCAGGCGGCGUCUCGCCCGAGGCGGCGUCGGCCUGCGACGACGCCGCGGCGGGGGCCGCCGCUGCCUGCGGUGGCGCCGUGGCCGAAGCGAUGCGGCAGCCCGACGCCGAGGACGCGGCCGAGGCGAGGUGGCCACCAGACGCCGAGGAGCGCUGGGCGCAGCAGCUCGAGGCCGAGAGGCUGACGCGGGCGGCGCACCUCGCAGAGCUGCACGCGAGGACCUCGGUCGGAGCCCCGAGUCGUGACGGCCAGGGGUUACCGGCUGGAGCCAUGCGCCUAUCCCUAUGUUUGGC